AUGGUUUGCAUUCCUUGUUUAGUCUUGCCAUUGGUAGGAAUAUUGGUUGUGCUGUUCGAUUUUAUUAAACCUUUUCUAAUAAAAAUUGGAUUGGUUAAGGCUCCCCCUAAAACAGAUGAUAAAAAUAAUACUUAGGAAAAUAGAACAAAAGUGUUAGACACGCCGACGCCAAAUGAACCAGAAAAAAGUAAAUCAUCAUGA